CGCUGAUGCACUGAACAGUGUCGUCUUCCGCCAGUGCCGGGUAAAACGUGGUGUGCGCUUUUUUUCUCCUCUCCAACAAGAGUCUCAUCUUCCAUAAUCUCCGUUGGAGAUUUUUUGGCAUAAAGAUAAACAGAGACAUUUUCCCCUGUGCGAGUGUGUGCCGGCCUGGUGCGAGUACGCGUGCCAAAAGUAUGCUUAAUCAGUGUUUAAAGUUAAACACGACUGCUGACUGCCAUUAAGGAUAUUUUCACGUUCUAUCAUCGACGCGUGCUUAUUUUCCUUCGUGUCUGUUAUUACCGCGCGGAUAUCCGAUUUCCUUUUCAUUCUGGUUCUGUCCAUUGAUGCCGUGUGCGGAUCAUUGUCUCGGGAUUUGUGCUGAUUAAUCGGAAAACUAAUCCGGAUUGUGAAAAACUAGCGUGUGCUGUCACUGCUGUGUACUUCGCGCUGCAACGAUGGCCGCUGUGGAGGAGAGCCUCGGAAACCUUCACAUUGCCAGUGCGCCCCCGCCGCCACCGAUGCCCUCCACACUGUCCGCUGGUAGCGCACCCCCACCACCGCCCCCACCUGGUCCUGGAGCGGGAAUGUCGUACAAGGAACAGCGCGACAAAGCCUUCGAAGAACAGCAGAUGGCCAAUCUGCCUUCCGGUCUGAUGACGACAGCAGCCAAAGCCGACAAGAAGCCGUUCAGCUAUACACCUGUCGGCUUAUCGGCGGCAGAUCUGCGCGCGCCCAGUUCCAUUCGCAAGGACAAACUGGACGCGAUCGCAUCCGGGGAGGAGGUGCCCACGCCAGGUGUUGUGCCGGGGAUCCCGCGGGGUCCGACCAAUGUGCGCAUCUUCAACGGAAUCACACCGCCGGCAUCCAGUUUUGAUAAUUCGGGUGUGGUACGCAAUUCACCGCUGCAGGCCCGUAAGGGCUCACUGUCACGGCAGGAUAGCGGCGGAUCGGGAUCGGAUAGUGGAUUGCGCAGCGGGCGGGUGGCGCCCAUUCAGAGUCGGUCGUUUAAAAUUUUGCAGUGGAUGACGGGAGCUGAUGAAGAUGACGACAGCAUCUUGGCAGGCACAGCCUCUCCGCCGGCAUCCAAGCCGUCGCAGGAUACCGACGAGAUGCGCUUCAGCGGCUACCAUCGUGCCGACAGCAUUCCUUCGCGUGCCUACCAAACCCUGGAGAAGAACGUGGCACACCAUGCCGCACCCGGCGCCGCACUGCCCGGCGGCGAUCAGCAGACUAUUCACCCGUUCCGGGAUGAGGCCUUUCGCACGGAAUUCAAUGAGGAAACCGGAUCUAACGCCCGCUACACCGGCAACGCCAUCCCGUCGCGUUCCUUUCGCGCCCUGCAGAGCAUGACCGGACAGCCGAACGAACUGCACGCUGCUCCGCCUUCUCCGACCGUGGGCCGGCGCUCACCCAAUCCGGCCAUUGUCCAGCCGCAUUAUAACCGGAAUAUGCAGCAGAGCCCGGUGAAUAUCGCACCGCCGAAUCGACAAGAUUUUAAAUAUCAAGGGCCGCAGUACUCAACAUAUGAUCUACCGCCGGCACAGCACCACAAUUAUGCGCCUUCACCGGGUAUAAUGUCCAGCAGUACUGGACAACCGCGCUAUUCAUCCUCCGUGACGCUGACGCCGGGUGGCGGGGAUCAUCGUCGUCCGGAUGAUUAUGCUGACCAGUCAUCGACCUAUCGACCAGCCGGAAAUGGAUACGCGGCACAUCCACAGAAUGCCUACCAUGCUGCUCCCGCGUCACCCAGCUAUCCCAGUCCGAAUUAUCAGAAUUAUUCGCAACCGGCUCAGUACCAGAUGCCCGCACGAAACGUCCCUAUGGCAGGCGCUGGACAUUUUGCGGGUGCGGGACGCUCGGAUUUUUAAGGAAUGGUAAUGGCAUACUUAUGGACGGUACUUGCCGAUCAGCUAUGGAUUACUGCGCUUUCUUCUAACCUAGUUCCUUGCAAACAUUAUAGCACGGCAUUGCUAUAAAAACGUUAAAAAAAUUGAUGUUGAAAUAAGUGUUAAUUAAAAUUCUCUUGUAAUGCAAUUUCCCGGUAUUAUUUGUGGAUUUCCCCUGGAUAUUUGUUUAGGAUGGUAGUUUAUAGCUUUUUUUUCUGGAUGAUUAGACCCCUUUAAAGUCAAUUAAAAUUUAUUAGAUGUUUUUAGAUUAUUAUUCCCUGUGAUAAAAGUGUAUAGAAAAUGCAAUAUGUGCCUUGUACGAUUGAGAUUAACCUUAAAUCAUGAAUUUUCUGCCGGUGCUUUUUGUGGUAAUUUGGCGCUGUUCUCUCGUGUUUUGUUCGAUUUCUUUUUGUCUUCCUUGUAAAACUGUGGGCCUGGAUAAUAUUACUGAAUUAUAAAAGUUGGUGUUAUCUGAAGAA